GUUGAUUCUAAAUCAUUGAAAUGGUUAUCAUGUACACAGACAAUUUUAAAUUGUCUCGUGUCCCCGCUCACCAAGUCGAGAGAUGGAAUAAAUGUACUCUUUGUAAUCUAUCCGAUAUUUGAGAUGAAUAUCAAUACAGUUUUGUUUGUGUCUAUAUUAUAACUCUGAACGUAAGAUACAUCAUCCUGAAUGUUAUUCAGUUCGACCAAAUCAUGAAAACAACUAUCUAAGCAAAUUCUGUAAUAUUAUCCUGAAACGUGUUAAAUUAAAUGUGUUCAAAGCUAUUGGAAAAGCGACGGUUUGUUCCCGUGAAAUAACAACUAACAAUAACUUCUAUGAAUACAAAAAAACAUUUAUUUAUCACAACAAAGUUAAUAUUUCAUAAAACACAAUAUUUUCUAUUCAGAAGUGCCGAGUACCGCGUCUCCGGUGUAUGAGAUUUUGUUCAAUAUUUGUUUCUACCACAUCCAAUAUUGAUUAUCCUCUUCACUAUUGCACACCUGGCCAGGUAGCAGCAAUCUACCAAUUACAAAUAAUGCCAUACAGGUAAACUAGAAAUCACUCCAUCUCAUUAGUACACUUGAAUAAAUAUUUGAACUUAUUGUGCUAAUACGACUGCUGACAAUAAGCAGAAUUUCAGCCAAUGUCUCGUUAUCUGCCAUUGAUUGAUGGCGAGUGCUACUGAUGCCAUGUCUGUCAUUGGCUUCCAGUACUGAUGUCACCAUAGGAUAUGAACAAUGCUGAAUUAAUAACCCCUUCUUAUCAAUGUGGCUAGGUACGUACCUCUUAUGCAAUGUGCUCAAUGUACUUCAUUUGUGUAUGUUUCGAUGCGGGAUCAACACGUAUAUAUGGCGUAGCUUUCAUGGACAUAGUUUGGUUGUGAUAACGUCGUUCCUGGUGUGUCUCGGCACAAAGCUCAUUGGUAAAUCCUUCAGCUGUUUGAAAACAUAGAAAAGCGUGUUGAACCUACAAGUGUCUGUAAGAGGAAGCUUCAAAGUCGAGUAUAAAGAGGUUGCGUGAAGCUAGGGGCUCGGCGGACAGACGCUGGGGGGUACGACAUCAUCCCCGCGGGGGUAGGGGAUAUCGAGGAUCACACCUACAUACGGUGUUGACUGUUUGCAGACGAUGGAAGAAUCGGCCUUGACGUUGGGGGUGACGUCAAACUACACCAAAUACGACAGCACAGAGACGCUCAUCUCCGAUGAUGCGGGUAAAAACUACGGCGGCAUGACUGCAGACCUUAGCAACAACCUGGGCUACCGGCUGCGCAGGCGGAAGGAAGUCCUCAGCCAGCGGAAGCUCAUCGUUGACAUCAGCUUUGUGCUUGGCGUGAUGGGGAUCGUUUUUGUGAUAAUAGACACAGAACUUAUUUUCAAUCAAGUGACCAGUGUGAACUCGGGUUUAUCAACUGCAUUGCGUGUGUUGACCUCAGCUACCACAGGAGCACUUCUCCUGGCAGUGGUGGCCUAUCAUGUUAUAGGGCUCCGACUGCACAUGGCCCGCGCGGGAUUCUCCGACUGGAGGCUGGCCAUGACGGGUACCAAAUGGAUUAAACUCAUCUUCGAGCUGUUCGUGUGUAUGAUUCACCCACUGCCCUUCUUAGAUAUCCCAAUACAGACUGUAUCAGUCGCCGGGCAAGGGAAUACUCUGAAGACGUCCACGAUCCCAGUCAACGCAAUUCUGACAAUCCUCAUGUUUCUCCGGCUUUACCUGUUCGGGCGUUUCAUUGUUGUACACAGUAAACUCUUCCUGGAUACUUCAGUGCAGAGUCUUGGCGCUCUAAGUCGCGUCAAGAUCAACGCCCAGUUUGUGUUCCGUGCGCUCAUGUCCACCAUGCCGGGUGUCGUGCUGACCACGGUGAUGUUUGGGAUGUUCAUCAUCAAUAGCUGGAACCUCCGUGUGUGUGAGAUGUACACCAACCCCAUGGAGGACGACCUUGCCAGCUUCCCGCAGGCCAUGUGGCUAACAGCUGUCACCUUCCUUACCGUCGGCUAUGGAGAUCUCUUCCCCCACAGCUACUGUGGCCGCCUUAUAGCGGGGUGGACCGGCCUCAUGGGGGUCGGAAUUAUGGCACUCUCUGUUGCUGUCCUUGCCAAAAACUUAGAACAGUCUCGCUCAGAGAAGUAUGUGCAUACAUUUGUACAGCAAAUAGCGUUGGACAAAAAGCGUAAGCACGCGGCAGCGAACAUUAUUAAGCAGAUGAUCAGGAUAUACAAAUUGAGGAAGGCAAAGCUGCCUGAACGGUCCUCGCAGGUGCUGCUCCAUAGGACGAAGCUGUUGAAGGCAAUCAGGGCCAUGCAUGAGGCACAGUUCGUGAAGAUCCACCUGCAGGAGUGUACGGUGGGGCCGGUAGAACUGGCUACGGGGCUCAACGACAUGCAGGCUUGCAUCAAGUGUGUCCAAGAGGAGCAGAGGCAUCUCGGGCAGAGGAUCGCCACCAUUGAAGCACUGUCCCUCAGCAUGAGCGCGCAGGUUCUGGAGAUCAAGGAGAUCAUAGCCAAAAAGAAGAUAUUCUAGGGGACGACGACAACGACUACGAUUAUGCGGGUGAUGAUAAUGAAUAUGUCUAGGUGAAUCAUAAAAUUUCCCUGACGACGGUGGUUUAUGGAAUUUCGAUGAUGGGGAUGAUGAUGGUGUUAAUAUCAACGACGGUUAUAGUGAGAUUUCGAAGAUGGUGAUGACGAUAGCUGUCAUAACACUCCAACGAGGAUGAUGACGAGGACGAAUAUAGUGAUUACUUUUUUUAAGAACGGCGAUAACAGCGAUCAUAACAUUCCAAUGAUGAUGAUGAUGAUGAUGAUGAAGGUGGUGAGAUUCCUGGAAUUCUUUCAGAAAAGACGACAUAACCGGCCGGGUUGCUCUGCAUAGUUAUGAAACAUGGUUGAGCAUGUCAUGGCGGGAGAUUCCAUGUGCCUGUGAUUUAAGACAGAAGACAUCCCAAGACUUAAAAACGAGUCGGACGAGUUAAAAUGUUAUAUCCUUCCGCAUCAGUGUUGUGUAAUGAUGCCAACACAGAGUUAAUAGUCCGUUCGCUAGGAGACAUAAUCUUCUUUAAUGAGUUUCAACAUAAAAUGCACUGGGUGUUUCGAAUCAAGCACCUAUUGGCACAUUAGUUGCUGAAGCUAUAACCAUCGCCAUUCACUUACCAUUCAUCCUCACAAAGGGAGUUUUUUUUAGAAAUAUUGAUUUUUAUAAAUUGCUUCUGAAAAAUAGGAAAUUAUUUUAAACGUGCGAACGCAUUCAUUUUUGUAAUGUUAUCCUUUAAUGGCUUUGCAUAUUAAAUGAAAUAGCUUGGUUUUACAGGGGAGGAGGUGGCUGGAUUAUGGUUUGUCGGCACACACACAGUAUGUACUCCCGAUCAAACAAACUCCCAUGAACCUUUUAGAAAAAAAACCUCGUUAUAGCUGAAAAUCAAGGGAAACCAAAGCAUCAGCUGAGGGGUAAAAAAUGCUUUGCUAUUUUCAACAGUUCGUUAUAUCCAAUGUUUAGCAUUAUAUCGAGGUGGAAUGCUUCAAAGAGAUUCGGUAGGGCCGACAUAGCGAGAUAAAGGAGUGUGAUAUUUGAAAGUCGACUGUUUUUCAAUUGGAAAUAACCAAAGAUGAUAUAGUAUAUCAAACACCUAGCAUUCUCGACAUAAAAGCUGAUUAUAUUGCACUCAAAUUAGUCGUGACGUCAUGGGAUGACGUCACUCAGUAUUACCCUAAUCGCGUGACAAGUAUCCUGCAGCAUUGCUUCAUUACAGUCACAUGACCUAUAUAACGUCAAUCAAUCUCAGGUUCGGACGGGAUAUGUCCACGCGAAGUAAUAUAUCACCGCAUGUAAAUAAUCUUUUGGCACAUUUUUAUUUCUUUGAAUAUGUAUAGAAUUAUCACAAACACUAUUUUGGUUCUUUUCAAUACAAUAAUGCACAAUAAUUUCAAGUUCACCCCUACGGGUAUGCUAUUAUACAGAGUACAGGUCCCAGGGCCCGGUUCCACAAAGCUAUCUUAGCCCCAAGUCUGUUGUAAUUCCCAAGUUCAACAUAGCCUUACGUCACUCUGAGAUCACUUUGUUUGACCAGUUUCACAAAGCGAUCUUAGAAUUACGAUUGCCGUACGUCUCUGUUAACAUGUGGGAGUUGCUGUCGUCAUAGCGCUAAGAUUGCUUUUGAGGAACGGCCCAGGUUUGUGUUGUAUAAUUUCUCCAUUGUUGUGUACAUGUAUAUUGAUGAAUAGACAUUGUGCUUGUUGUCUCCGUGUAAUCAUAUUUUGUACAUUGUCAGAUGUACAAUUUUAAAAUGCCUAGUUGUCUUUUAAUGGAAAAUUCUUUGUUACAUUUAGGAUAUUAUAGCAUGCACUGCACAGUUUUCGAAAUGACUUACACCAAUGAAGCUUUAAAGUAAAUUUGUUUCAUCCAAAUUCGCUUUCACGUGGUGAUAAUUAUUACUAAUACAGCCGUGGGAUAUGACAUGGCCUCCGCAUUACCGAUAGUUCCGCAGUGGUUAUGUAAUUUGUUACUAUUGAAUUUUCAAAAAUGUCUAAACGAAAUGCAUGUUUCAUUAAUUGGGAAUAAUAAAUAGAUCGAAUAUUGUGAAGCUAAACAUGUUGUCGAAUAUAAUAUUCUGCGGUUUCAAAAUUGAUUUUUUUAAAUUGAUUUUUUAUUUUAAGUUAAAGCAGGAUCGUCAGAUGCAAUGUGAAUAAGCCCGCAACGUGCCUCGAUAGCCUCUCAGCUGUUUAGCAGCGUGUCGCCGCCCUAAUCAAUGCAUACACAAUAUAUGGGCCGCACGUCACAUCAGAAUAUCAGCUGCGUCAAUAGGCUAACUGUAUGGAAAACAUCCAAGUAUCCGCUUGGUAAUCAUCUUAGCAUUCCUUAUCCGGAAUCUGUACAUAGAUAGGGAUGUUCGAGUUUUCCAGUGGAACUUCAUUUGUCUCUACCAUGUUGAUGCGGAACUUCCACAUUGAGAACGGCCAUUGUUACAAGUUGUCCAUGCUCCUCGUAAUUAUAGCCACGUAUGUUCAGGAGAAUCUGGACAUGAUAUGAAAGAAGUUUGGCGGUAUAAAUUAUAGUUAUCAGUUGAUAGUAUGAAGUUGUAAGUUGUACGUUUACAUCAACAAAGGAUGCACACUUAGAGGCAGAUAACUCUUGGUGGAAGUUUACCAUAAAUACUCGUUUGGUUGCUUAAGCCAUGUAUGUUCAGAAUAUAUAGUGGAUUGUCGCGUGGUAUAUUCACAUAUACCAGCAAUCAUUAGUUCGCGACUCGAGUGAUUUCUCAAUGCUCAGACAAUUAAUAUUAUAUUUUCAUCAAUUUCCCAUUGGUACGCUCACAGAGGAAAAAUGUCAAAGCAACUUUCAGUAUACAUAUUUAUGGCCUGGGACAGGUACUUAAUGACUGAAGGAAGUCUCUACUACAUGAAUGUACGGUACCUUUGAUAAGCACUUUGAUGUGAAAGCACUUCGGAUCCUUGAAAUGUUUCUUUUUUGUCAUGACACAAACAACGAAUUGAAUUCAGAAUAAUUGUAUUGCAAGUUUCUAAUUUCUUUCUACCCGUACCGUGCUGUAUGUAAGCUAUUUAUUAGAAAAAGAAAAACUUCAUGAGAGGUCUCAGCCAGAAAUUUUGCAUCUCGAGUGCGCAGCUAUUAACUUAGUGUGUUUGAACGGAAACUUUUGAGAGUCCAACAUGUGUAAAUGUCGAUAUUUCCUCAUGACGUCACAGCAGUGUUUGCUUGGUUGUAACAAAGUGUAAUAUAGUUAUAUAUCAACAUUUAUUUUACCAGAGUAUAUAUUUUGACAAAUGUUUUAUUUACGAAUAAUGCAGAAAUGUAAGAGAUGUGUCGCACGAGCGACUACCAUCAGAGUAGCGCGAGGGCUCCUCGUGUUCAACUUUUACUGAGUUUGGUACAUGUCUACCUUAGUGUACUAUGUUACAAAUGUAUAUCUUGACUGUGAAGCUUGAAUUCUGACUUCAACGUUGAGUCGAGAGCGUUAUGACUGGAAUCUGCUGUCGCCAAGCAUGCCAAUGUAUGUUUAGUCCGAUCGUUAUGUCUGUGAUAUAAUGCUUGUUACGUUCAGAGAAACUUGGAAAACAAUCCGUGCGAUGCGGUUCCGAUUGUCUCACCGGACCUACUGACUCUGGACGGAAAAUGUCGAUCCAACGUCGGAGCUGUUCAAGUAGGAACGCUUAGUUCUGUUAAAGGUCGUUAAAAACCGACGAUAUAUGAGACUAGCCGAAUUUACAAAGUAGCUGACACCAGACGAUUGAGUAUCUUUGUUGAGGCAAAUUUUGUUGAAGAAAAUUCCUGGACGGGGUUCAAAAUUGACAUUUGCCUGAUUUUAUACGGUUUGAAACCAUAUGACAUUGAGUGAAUAUUUAUUAACCAAGAUGGGAAGACAAUGAUAGAAGCCAUUUGUUGUCUUCAAAUUAAAAACAUAAAUUCCCUUUUCACAUGAGAUUGGGAAUGUCCGGCAUGAAGCUACGCCACACAGAGCGGAAAUCUCGUGGUAUUCUGGUGAACGGUAAACUUCGGUUGCUCUCGAUAAUCCUCGGCUUGAAAUGGUCUGAUUUUUGUACAUACAAUUUUGAUGUGAUAUGCUUGAGAAAUGGCUCUAAUUCCUCAUAGAGAAAAGUUCCUGCGAUACCUCUAUUAAAUGGCAAAUAGACGGCAGGUGUCACAGUUUGUUUAACUUCCGGUUACACGACCUUCGGCCACAAGGUUGUUAUUGCAUUUUCUUGAGCAGACUAUUUUCCUUUUAGUUAGCAAACAGUUGAAGCGACGGGUGAUAUCUAGGCAGAAUGGAUAGAUACUCUCUAGUCGUGGGCUGUACUUUCUACUUUAAGAUUAAAAACUUUGUCACUGGGUGUUUUUUUUACAGUGAUGUAUUCAUGAACCCGCCCCCCAUUGUCUUUCAAGGUCAUCGGCCUGGGUGUCCCGCUCAUCCUAUAUAUGUUGGGAAAUUAUAGAAUUAUUAUGUAUUGAUUUUGCCAGUGUCAUAUCCUAGUCCAGAUGUGUUUUCACAAAUCUGUUGUAAAAAUCUGCCGGUCUGCUAGUCAGAGUUUAGAACACUUGGGCGCUAACUUUUGAUAUAUUUGACAUUCGUCUCAUCUCAAGCUCACAGUUUAUCACUGCCAACUUUGAGAGGACUCCAUAAUUAUUCUGUCACGUGACUAUCACAUUGCAAAAUAUAACCGUAGAUGUGUUUUAUUAAAUGUUCCUUAGUAUUUGAAAUUGAACUUAAUUCAAUAACUUGCUUUCAAAUUGACAGUCAUGUUGCACGAACUUAGUGCGGAGGCAUUUAGUCGUUCAUUACAUUUACAGAUGAAGUAUCACUACUCAAAGGCACCCGAGGUAUCAUGUUACAAAAACAAAAACAAAAACAAGUUUGACUAAUGACAUAGAACUAGAUGUGGUCGCAAAAACACGAAUGGAAUAAUUUAAUCUCUGAUACCACAACUACUGGUAUUGAUGACAAUGAUGGUGAUAAUCAUUACUAUAAUAAUGAUAAUACUAAUGAUACAAACAAGGAACAUAACACAUGUUUGCCUUUUUUGUGGUAUACACAGUGUAGUAGUAGCAUAAACACUGAUGUUCACAACAUGGCGUUUGUAUUAGAAACCCACCUGCAAUUGACCUAGCUGGGUCGGCGAUCUUCAUUUGGAAAGCACCCACUCUGUAAGCUCUAUAUAUGUGAAUGCAAUGAACGGUAGACGCUAGACGGUGACUAGACGAAGGUUGUGGUAGACCCCGUCUACCCCGACACAGCCCACGACUUGACAGUGCACCAUGAUACACUAUUCUAUAGUUCAUGUUUAUCCCAUAGUUUAUGAAUAAAAGCACAGAAUGAACAAAA